GCGGAGGGAGGGGAGCGCGCGUGCGCGCGCCCGGCCGUCCGUCGCCGCGGUGACCGUCCUCGGAGUCCGUCGGCUCGCGCCCCGCCCCCGUCCUGCUGCCCCCUCCCCUGUGGCGCUCGGGGGUGUUUCUCGCUCCUCCCGAGUUGCCGCCGCCGCCGCCGCCGCCGCCGCUGCCGCCGCCGCUGCUCCUCUUCUCCCAGUCUUGGGUUUCCCAGGCGCUGCUGCCGCCGCUACCUCUGCGGUCUGUAUGAGGAGGAGGAGGAUGUGAAGAUGGCGGAGCUGCAGAUGCUGCUGGAGGAGGAAAUCCCGGGGGGCCGCCGGGCCCUCUUCGACAGUUACACGAAUCUGGAACGGGUGGCAGAUUACUGCGAGAACAACUACAUCCAGUCAGCAGAUAAGCAGCGAGCUCUAGAAGAAACCAAAGCCUACACCACCCAGUCCUUAGCAAGUGUUGCCUAUCUGAUAAAUACCUUGGCCAACAAUGUUCUACAGAUGCUGGAUAUUCAGGCAUCCCAGCUACGAAGGAUGGAAUCUUCAAUCAAUCAUAUUUCACAAACCGUUGAUAUUCAUAAAGAGAAAGUUGCAAGAAGAGAGAUCGGUAUUUUGACUACCAAUAAAAACACUUCAAGGACACAUAAGAUUAUUGCUCCAGCCAAUCUUGAACGACCAGUUCGUUAUAUUAGAAAACCUAUUGACUAUACAAUUCUAGAUGAUAUUGGACACGGAGUAAAGGUGAGUACCCAGAAUAUGAAGAUAGGUGGGCUGCCACGUACGACACCUCCAACUCAGAAACCCCCCAGCCCUCCCAUGUCAGGGAAAGGGACACUUGGGCGGCACUCCCCCUAUCGCACACUGGAGCCAGUGCGUCCUCCAGUGGUACCAAAUGAUUAUGUACCUAGCCCAACCCGUAAUAUGGCUCCCUCGCAGCAGAGCCCUGUGAGGACAGCUUCUGUGAAUCAAAGAAAUCGAACUUACAGCAGCAGCGGGAGCAGCGGCGGAAGCCACCCGAGCAGCCGUAGCAGCAGUCGCGAGAACAGUGGAAGCGGGAGCGUGGGCGUUCCCAUUGCUGUUCCUACUCCGUCUCCUCCCAGUGUCUUUCCAGCCCCUGCUGGCUCUGCUGGUACUCCUCCCCUUCCUGCUACUUCUGCAUCUGCCCCUGCCCCUCUUGUUCCUGCUACUGUCCCUUCCUCCACUGCCCCAGACGCUGCUGCUGGGGGGGCCCAGGCCCUUGCUGAUGGCUUCACUUCUCCAACUCCCCCUGUUGUUUCUUCCACUCCCCCCACAGGUCAUCCUGUUCAGUUCUACAGCAUGAACAGACCUGCUACUCGCCAUACUCCUCCAACAAUAGGGGGCUCGUUGCCCUAUAGACGCCCUCCUUCCAUAACGUCACAGACAAGCCUUCAGAAUCAGAUGAACGGAGGACCUUUUUAUAGCCAGAAUCCAGUAUCUCUUGCUCCUCCUCCUCCCUCCAUUCUACAGGUAACUCCUCAGUUACCUUUAAUGGGAUUUGUGGCCAGAGUCCAAGAAAAUAUUUCAGAUACACCACCUCCACCACCACCUGUGGAAGAACCAGUCUUUGAUGAGUCCCCCCCCCCUCCUCCUCCCCCAGAAGAUUAUGAAGAGGAGGAAGCAGCUGUGGUUGAAUAUAGUGAUCCUUAUGCUGAAGAGGACCCACCGUGGGCUCCAAGAUCUUACUUGGAAAAAGUUGUGGCAAUUUAUGAUUAUACAAAAGACAAGGAAGAUGAGCUGUCCUUUCAGGAAGGAGCCAUUAUUUAUGUCAUCAAGAAGAAUGAUGAUGGUUGGUAUGAGGGAGUUAUGAAUGGAGUGACUGGGCUCUUUCCUGGGAAUUAUGUUGAGUCUAUCAUGCAUUAUUCUGAGUAAAGCUCAGCAGGGCUGUGUUUCCCUCACAGGAAUAGUCAGGUCUUCCCAGAUUAUCAAAGGGCCCUGGGGAUUCCCCUCCAGUGAAAUGAAGGAAGGAUACAAAUGACACAAACUACUUAUGUUUUUUUGGUUUACUCCCCAGUAUUAAAAAAGCAAGCUGAAUCUGAACAAAUGGAUCUUUCUGCCAUUAUUUGUACUAUGCUGAGCUGUUUGGAUUAAAAUAAAGUGACCAUUUCUAAAUAGGUCAGAGGUAUAACAGCAUAUAACUCUGUAAGACAAAUCAGGUUAAGACUGAUUCAGAAAAUCUGGGAUCUUUCUCAGGAAUACUGUACACCCUUGGGAUUUCUCCUCCUGCAGAAUCUGUGGCAUUGGACGUUCUCCAGUGCCUGUGCCAGAGGGUCAGCCUCGUGGCCCUAGUGCCGUACCCGGCCCCACGCUUUCUUCCACUCGGAUGAGGAGCAGAGAACUAGUAUUUAAAUAGCAUACGUAACCAUUUUUAUAACUGUUUCGAUGGCUUCUUUCCUCUUAACACUGUAAAUUCUGCCUUCUCUCAGCACUUGAGUGCACCGAGUGCGUGCUGCUGACUUGCAUCCCUUCGUGUUUUUCACUUUGUAGACUGAGGAUGAUGAAGUGAGUCCCAGACAUUGCGAGGGUGGUUAACAGUUGCUGGUUUGAGUUCAGUGUGCCGUGGCCGCUGCAGGAGACUGCGCUGCCACCGAGGGCUGGUGGGCCCAGGCGUGUGACGCGCGGUCGCCUGGCUCCCAGACUGAAGCAGGCGUGUGAAGCUAGAUGUGAGGCUCCUGAGGUUGAGACUGACCUGGAGAAAAUGUUGUGCUCUAGGCAUCCUAGACCUUUGCCUUAGGCACGGUUUCCAGGAGCAGAAUCUUGGAGGUCAGACCAGCUAUUUCUUUACUUCUCUCACUAUUCAGGAAGACAUUCUUUCUUGGAAAACAGCCGUUAUUUUCAAGUCUCUUGACAGUCACUGGGAAUCAGAGGCUCGCUCCUGUGCUCCCCGAAUGUUGUUAAUGGCCAGUGUUACUGCUGCUGAGUUUACUCAGUUCUAGGAAAGGUAAAUACUCUCCCGGUUUUUUGACUGGCUUUUGAAGUCACUGCUCUUGGCAAGAAUUUGAACCUUCUAUCUUGGACUAAGAAUAGUGGGAUGAGAGGUUUAAGGCCAAAUACUCAUCUACUUACAUAGAUAAAAAUCAAGAUAAUUUUGAGCGAAACAGUAAGUAUUUUUUUCUGUCUGUACAAGUUACAGCUUCACAUUCAGUGGAGCUCGUAAGGCAGCUGGCUUUAACCAUCGCUUCUUUAAGCAGUGUAAAAAAUACCGAUGAAAGGGUCCAGGAGGGCUUGCUGCUCAGCAGCUGGAUUUUGUGGUGAGGACCCAGCUCACGGGCCCAGAGCUGCCUUGGGUUUGUCCCCGUCCCAGGGACUUUGCCAAGUCAUUUCCCGGUGCUGGGUAAAAAGGGGACAGAGAGGCAAGCACUGCGUUUAUUUCAAAUGAAGGCCUUGGACAGGAUAAUGUAGGUAAGGGGAUCUGACUGAAAAAUGAACAAGUGCACUAGUGUAUGAGGGAAUUCAGAUGGUGUAAGCAGAAGUUAAUAUUCCACUUGUAGAUCUGUUUUCGGAGCAUAAAACUUCAACACUAUUUAACAGACCCAGAUACAGGGUUCCCUUACCAAGACUUCUUGUUUUAAAGUUGCAGGGGUUUUCCCCCACACAUUGCAAGGUAGCUAUUUUGCAUUUAGAUUUCUUCAACAUUAGCGUUCAUUAACUUGCCUCCACUUCAUGCUUCUGUUAGGUCAUCUUGACAUUCUUUAUGCUCUGUUUUCCUUUAAAGUAAUGGCCCUGAGUGUCCUCUGAGCCUUCAGGUUCAUUAUGGACCAAGACUAUCUACCUGGAUAGGUUAAACUCUUCUUAGUGUUGGUGUAUAACUAGGAAAACUGUUUUGAAAUUUAGAUGUGUUCCAGUUUUUACUUCAAUAGCUUUGUGCUGAGAAAGCUUAGUGGAUUUUUAAGGCAAGAGGGUAUUUUGAAAUCCCAUAUAGUAUUCACAGCUCACACCUAUAGAAGCAGAGAAGAUAAUUGUGCAAAAAAAGUUGGUGGCGGUCACCUUGCCUUUUGGACCCCUGCUGGACUGUGGCCUGCAGAAGACACUGGUGCAGUCCUUCAUACUGAAGACCUGCAGCAGAGGGGGCUCCAUCGGUCAGCUGACUUUUUCUAUAUUAUUUAACACUAAUGUAUACAAUUGUUUUAAAAAUACCUGUUGGAUUUUCUGCAUAUUUUAAAUUUUUGUACAGUUUUAAAUUCUAUAUAUUGUCUUGGAAGGAUGCUAUGUAAUGAUGACGGGCCAGGCCUACAGUAAUUGGAGACUUUUAAUGUAUGUAAUAUUUCACAGAUUGCAUGCUAUUAAUAGUCUGUGAAGGUAGUAUUUCUUGAUUUAUCGUAAGUCCCCCCUCCCAAUUUAUUUUUUUUAUGAACUACAGGAUGGUUGGUAGUAGGAAUUCCAAAUGAAUGCAGAAAUCUUACAGGAUACAUAAUAUUGUGGCAAAGAUGAUCCAAGUCUAAAAUCUGCUGACUCGUAAGCAACCAUUUUAACAGGAUAGAGGGAGAAUCUAAUGGGAGAGGGGAUUUUUUAUCCUUCUGAAGUGCUUUUCCUUAAAGUAAAAGUGACUGAAGUCUCUCUCCCUCUCCCACCCCCCCACUUUUGGUACUAGUAUUUGAAAGGCCCGGGGGAGAUGAAUGAAAAUCACUUUCUUGUUGACCUUAUGGCUAAGGCAAUAAAUCAAAAACCAAAAUAGUGUCAAGAUCUAGACCUGAGAGAUUCAGCCCCAGCUGUAUUUGGAGUAAAUAUGAUUCUUUGAAGAUAUCUUGUUCAGUAUUCUCCAUUUUUUGGCUACCUGCUUUCUAUCUCCCUCAGGGGCACCUGCUGUUCCCAUCUUAGGGGGGGCAAGGGCCUGCUACUUUUGCUGUGUUCCUAGAAGUCACUAGGUGAGACUUUCUUAUCCCUCGCUUUCUUUCCCCCCAUCCUGCUGCUGUUUCUUACCCAGCUAGACAGAAGGUUUAUGCAUCUUUGCACUGAUGUCUGUGAUGGAGCUGUGCUCCCUAGCAGUUGUAUGUUGAUUACAGAUGAUUACUUAGGAUUUUUCUGCUUGAGAGGCAUCAAAAUGACGGUAGUUUUGCUUUUAUCCUUUUGUGUUCAUUUUCUUUUAGCAGGUACCUUUCUGCAUUAAGAACUGUUCCUUUAUUUUUAAAUUACCUUUUCUUCUCAGUGGAGAGAGCAUGACAUGUUCUGAAGACCACCUUUCCCUUGGAAAAGGGUUUGAUGAAGGAUUUGGCAGGUGACUGCCAAGUCUUCGAAAAGAAUGGGGAUCUGAAUCACUUCCCAUCUGUUCACUUCUGAACUUCUUUGGCCAGGAACUCCUGACUGGUGUUAAGGUGAUUUCCCUUCCAUGAUUUACUUAGAAUCCUAGAAUUUUAGAGCUACAUGAGAUUUAAAAAAUUUUAGUUCAUUUUAACUGAUGAGGUUAGAUGUUUCAUUUCAGAUAACAGCUAGUUAACAACAGUAGAGUUCCUGACUCAAUGCCUGUACUUUUUCUACAGCUGUCUUAAUUGAAUAUGCUGUAUGUUUCUUUAAAAAUUACGAGUGCUACUUGAUGUCUUCAGGAAGAUACUUGAAAAGAUAACACUGUUUCGAUAAAUUCCAUCAGUAUUCAAACUGUUUAAAGGAAUGUACUAAAGCACAACUUAAUUAGUGAGAAUUAUCUUCAUGUUAACCCUUCUACUACUCCACUCAGUACUAUGUAGCAAAAAUAGGUUACCUGAUUUCAGCACUGGCAGGAGGAGCACAGCAAAGAGCCUUAGUUGAGAGAGGCUUAUAAAACAGUAUUUUUACGGAGGCAUUGUGCUCAUAAUCUUACGUUUACUUUAUUCCUGUUUCUUUUUGAGAAUCUCAUAAACCUUAAAAAAAAUUGACAAAUGAAACGAUAGGGCCUAGCUGUGUAUAAAUGAUCCUUGCUCAGUAUCUUGAGAUUUUUUUGUAAAACACAAACACGAAAAGCUUAUUUUCACAUUACGAUGGAAAUGUCUUUUGCAACUUCAGAAUUCUAUGGAAAAAGUUUUUCAUAUUUUGUGUCCAUGCAUCUUUUUUCUUAAAAUGGUUUACAAAAAAGAAUGUUAAACAACUUGUGAUCUGGCCAGUUGUAUUUUUAAAGCUCCUGCAGGGAGGGUUGGUAUCCUGAGUUGAGUAGAAAUCAUGCAGGAAAACUUGAGGGAGCAGUCUGUUGCCAGUAAUGUUUCUCGUGUGUGCCAUGAAGCCACCUCCAGCUGAGUGGGGGAAUCUUCACUUUUUAAUUUCGAAAUUGUAUUUGAAAUUGUUGCUGUGUACUAAGAACUUGACCUAAAUAAAAUUCUACAAAGUAUG